CAUAACAUGGAUCGUUUCUACCUAGUUACAAUUAGAAAACCAAUAAAAUUAUAGAAUUGGAUUUGACUUAAUGGAGAAGUUCAAACUGUCGUCAUAAAUAUGGCCAAUUGUUCUUAGAUACAGCCCUACUGGUGACAUUCUUAGAGGGUAAUUAAUGGUCGCUUUAUUGGUGUACCGUUGUUGAUUAGUUCUGAUCGUAAUGUACGGUGUUUGAUUAAAUACCAUGAAUCAUAUCUAAUGUAUUCUUGUGCUUCUUGAUUGCUUUAUAAAAGAUUCUCAAAGGGUGGUUGGAUACAAGAAAAAAUAUAAAUUACAUUGUUACAAAUAUCAAAUAGAGCCGCAAAAUGUUUAGCCGCGUUGGAAGCGUUACAUAACUGACAAUGUGUGAAUUAUCAGAACUGAUUGUACUUUACAGCAACAAGUCCAGUACUAGCUUCCAUCAUAUGGAGAACUUGAAACGUGAACUAGGUUAACCUUCACGGUGAAUGUUCUGACGUACGAUGUCAGAUGACGAAUAUUACUAGAAUAUUCGUAUAUAUAUCUUGAAAAUAUAACUUAUCAGAACAAUUUAAAAUGGAUAUACUAGAAGUAAUUUUUUUAAAGUUUUUAUACUUUUAUAUUUUUUUAAUUAGCACAAAAGUUUUAUCGUUAGAUAUAAAAAUUGACACAAACACUGAAACCAUUGUUAAAGAUACAAAACAUGGACGCAUUAGAGGAUUCAUAUCUGAAAGGCUUCCGGGUCACAAAGUUGAACAAUUUUUGGGAGUGCCAUUUGCGGAACCCCCGGUUGGAAACCUUAGACUUGAGAGACCAAUAGAACCUAAACCAUGGACACAUAUACUAGAUACAUUGAAACUUCCACCAGCUUGUCUGCAGAGGACGGGAAAUAUUACCAAUGAUACUUUUUCAUAUAUCCAUCGUUAUGUCCCAGGCUUCAAUAGAGAGGAUGAAAACUGUUUAUAUCUUAACUUAUACAAACCGUACCAACCAAAGAAAUCUGGAGAAUCAAAAUAUCCAGUAUUGUUAUUCAUACAUGGAGGUUCAAAUGAAGUGGGUAUGGGUGCCAUGUUUGACGGAGACAUUUUAGCAGGAUACAGCAAAAUGAUAGUGAUUACUUUCAACUAUAGACUUGGCGCUUUAGGAUUCUUUGGAGCAAAAAAUGAGAAUUUGGAAGGAAAUUACGGAUUUCUUGACCAGAUAAUGGUGAUGAAAUGGAUACGAAAAAAUAUCCACAAUUUUGAUGGCGAUGCGUCGAAAGUUACGAUAGAUGGUCAUAGCGCAGGUGCAGCAGAUGUCGGCUUUCAUAUGAUCUCUCCAUUAGCAAAAGGUCUUUUUAAGUAUGCAGUUAUUCAAAGUGGUUCCCCGUUGGCAUUUUGGGCUACUGCAGGAGAAGACUGGAAGGAAGGCUACAAUAUAGAUACGUUCGACUUGAUAAGCCGAGGCAAUAAUAAACAUAAAGAAUAUUUAAAGCGUUUGGACCAAAGAACCAUGAAAGAAAUAAAAGCAAAGCACAAUCCAGCCAGUUUUAUUUCGUUUCCAGCUGUUGUUGACAAACAUUUUCUACUAGAAAGGCCGUUGCAAAGUUUCAAUAGAGGACAGUUGAAUGGGGAAUCAUAUCUUUUGUCGUUUACCAGAGACGAAGGAUCAGAACACGCUGAGUCACUACUGCAUCAUUACAAAGUAAACACAUUUGAAGAACGUAUAUUUCAUGAAGUUUUAAAAGAUUUGAGCCCACACCAGUUCCCAACAAUCUGUGGAAUUUCAGAUAUAAUACUACACGAGUAUGGACAAUGGGAGCAUGAUAUUAAAGAAGAAUACAAAACAGUGAAACGGUAUAUUGAGAUGGAGAGUGAUUUUGUAUUUGUUGCACCAAUGAUUAAACUGGCCAAUAUGUUAUCCAACUUUACCAACAACCUAUUUCUAUUUAGUUUUGAUCAUGUUUCUGAAUUAGCACAAGGACCAGAGUGGUUAGGUGUUCCUCAUGGGAGAGAUCUUUUUUACCUUUUCGGAGUACCUUUUGUUGGACAUAAACAUUAUAAUUAUAGCGAGACUGAUAAGGUAGCGAGCCGAUUGAUGAUGACAUUAUGGGGAAACUUUGUUAGAUACGGGAAACUUACAGCAGAUGGUGUGAGACAUCUUCCACAUUAUAAAAGUAAUACUAGAGUAUUUAACAGACUAUUUCUCACCGGCAAUAACAUAACGGUAAAAGAGUUCAAAAACUUUAAACCACGCAAAAUGGCGUUCUGGAACACUUUUCUACCUCAUUUAAAUUGUCCAGAGAAGAAGUGUCAAUCUAACAAAGGCCGUUCUACAGUACCUCAUAUUGUAAUUGUACUUAUGUGUUGUAGUUUAUCUACCUUCUACAUGACAUUUUUAAGAUGGUUAUAGUUCAUUAUCGCCAUAUGUAUUUGUAUUGUUUACCUCGACCAAUUUUCAUGACAGAGUUUUUAUGUUCAUAAUAUUAUUCUAAAGACUCAUGGCAAUGUCUAGAGAAAGUAUAAUUUGUCUUCUAGAUCAUGUCUCGUUAUUUCAUUGCAAUAUUAGAAGCGACCAUAUUACGGCGGUAGAAUCGUAAUUAUCAUAAUAAAAAUUGGUAUAUUGCAAUACUCAACGAAUGUUGCUUUUGAUAAACAAAAUUGGCGGCAUCAGAACUGAUAUUUAAAGAACAAAUGAUGAGACAAGCAUUAAGCAUUCAUUGAAUCAUAACACAAAUUACAUGUUUAUUUACAUGAAUAUUUUCAAUUCUUAAUACGGUACAAUGUCUUGCAAAUUCUGAAUUCAAUGAAGGCCGACACAAGUUUAUAAACCGAACACCGCUUUUCAACAAUAAGGUUGAAUGCUCCUCAAUAUGUUAAACCCCACAUCAUUUUUGUUAUCCUUUCUCGAAAAAAAAGCAUCAUGUAGACCAGUUAUUGCCAUCUGUUAUAAAUUUUUGUAAUUGAUUGCUAUUAGCUGUCGUAUUUUUUUGUAUCACGUGUAUUUUGUUGUUUACUUUAUGGUAUGGGUUUUGAUCCUUAAAAGCCGUACUGUGGUCUGUAGUUGUUUGAAUACGUCAUGUGUUCUUUUAUUGGUCGUAACGGUUGCUUAUAUGUCUUUUUGGGUGGAAUCGUACCACACCUUCUUACUUUUUUAUAUACAUAUUUAUAUAGUAGAAGAAGUAUUAUUAUUUCUUAUUAAAGAUGGACUUAAAAAAAAAAAACUUGUAACCACGACAGUUCAUUGUUAUUAUUUAAAAUGAUAUUUCUAAUGUUGUGGUUAAUGGAAGUUAGUAAACUAUGUUAUUUUAUAGAUGUUUCUUAGGAUUGAUAUACGUUUAUGUGUCGUCUAAAGAUACAAAAUAUGUAUCCGUAACAAGUGACAUGAGAUAUAAAAAUCACUUAUAGUGUGUAUGAAAAUCAGACUUAUAUGACAGACUUUAAAAUUUAAAAUAAACAAUUAAUUUCCGCAUAGGCGACAAUGAUAGCCUUUUUAGAGAUUCAGAGUUUAGAAAGUUGAUUGUUUUCACGAAACCUUGCUAGAAUUACAGAAUAGUUAUUCAGACAGUAUUUGUUGGUCCAAUAAAUGUAGGUUCGCGUUGCUUUUCUUAACGUAUUUUGUACAUAUUUCCCAUGCCUAUCAAUUUUGCCCUUACAAAUACGGUGUCUCAUCCUUGCGUUGAAAAGACAUCUCAUUCGUUAGGGUUUAGGAACAUAGUUUGUUUGACUUAUGAUAUAAUGCAAAAUGCACGAAGUCUCUAAUAAUAAAAAAUAACGGGCGCACAUAUCAACGAAUAAGGAUUAGACAUACUCUUAAUUCUGAAUUUCAUGUUAUGCUAAAAAAAAAUGGCUGCGCCCAUAUAAUCUAAUGGUGUAUUGUAACUUUAAUACAUUUAUAAUUGGCGAUGUCACAGGUUCCAAAUUUUAGUAAUCUGCCGUUCAACUAAAAAAUAUCGACAUAAAAAUACGAUCAGAUGUCAAAUAUUCUCCAUUGCCACAUACACAUACGUUUAACCAGGUAAACGUAUUUUUGUUCAUGGAUACUAAUUGGUUUUUCAAUAUACUGCAUAUAUAAGCAUCAAUAUGAACAUGUGAUGACUGUAGCUAGCUUGUGUAGUAUUUACUUCGUAUGCAUGUUAUUUUGUAGAAUUUGAAUAUUGUAAAACAUACAAUUCGUAGUUACAUUUUGUAAAGUAUUCCAUAGAAAAUUUUACUGAAUGAAUUAUUUUCGUAUAAAACUUUUUUUUAAAGUCAAAAGUACCAAUUCAUGUACCAAUUGUCAAAGAAUACAACACAUAAAAACGUGGGUAAAUUCAUGUUGUAUAAGCUAAGCAAGAUUCGCAAUGAAGCCUUAGUGGUGUGGUUAAAUCAAUUUAAUAUUGUAUUAUGUUGUUCAAUUGA